AUGAUUGUAUGGUUUGGAUAUUCACAAAUAGCGAGUUUGGCAUAUAGUACAUAUUUAAGUAUAUUCGAAAGCGAGGCAUUGGCAAAUCAAAGAAAACUUAAAAGAGAUAUAUUAGUUGUAAAACAAGAAUUAGCAAGAACAAGCUCACAGACAUCAUUCGAGAUAAAAUUUAAGACUAUUUUAUGGACAUCAGCUAAUGGAAUUCAAAUAAUUAUGGUGCUGUGGUAUAGAACUACGCCUGUAUUCUAUUUACCAGAAGGCUGGUUUAAAUCUGAUCAAGGACUAAUAAACAGUGAUAAUCUAUUACCUACAACCGGUUUACGAAGGAUUAGAGAUAAGCGAUCUAUGUCAUGUGACUAUGAUAAUCGUGGAGAAGCAUCAAAAAUCAUGAAUCACAUAGAUCUUGCCAGAUUCUCAACAGAGUCGUUACACAGCUAUAGUUUUGUGAGAAAUGAUGUAUCGUCAUUUAAGAGUAGACAAAAUUUUAUUAAUCGUUCAAUCGAUUUUAUGAAAAAUAAGAUAAAAGGAUGGAAAAUUCCAAUUCACCAUCAUCAUACCAAAAAUAAUAUUACUACUCAAGAAGAGUAUCAACAAUCAUCAUCACCUAAUCAAGCCAUAAUUACAACAGACGAUCAAGCAAACAUACUGAACGCUAACGAUCUUACAUGUUUGCUAUUUGGUUACUCCAGAGUUGAAUUGUUAAACGUUAAAGUUUUAAGUAUUAUUGGAAGCCCUUUUCGUGAAAAAAUAGCAAAAACACUUGUAUCAAGGCUUCAAAACGAUGAAGAUAACUGUGAAGCAGUAUUGGCAUGUGGUAAAGUGAUACCAAUACAAAGAAAAAAUGAAGAAGCCUCAUUAGCCUCAUUAUGGCUUAAAAUGAAAAAAGAUGAAUGUGGUAACUUUGUGUUAAUUUGGAUUUUCGAAGAAAUAUCUGAAUUAACUAUGACUGCUGAAAUCGAUGAAAAGAAAAUAAAUAAAACAAAAUUUUAUGGUAGUAAAUCUAAAAAUGUAAUUAAUUUCCCUAUAAUAGGGGAAAUAUCACCAUCAUCCAUAAAAAAAGAAGAAAGGCAAGAAUUAGAAAUACAAAAAAAAUUUUCCAAUAUAAUAUAUGAAUUUAAAAUUGUUUCUAUUCCUACUAUUGCUGGUGUGAUAACUGCAUACGCUACUGGUGUUAUACAAUCGUGUAAUUCGGAUUUUGUAAAGUGUUUAUUUGGUGUUAGUGCUGAUGAAUUAAUUGGAAAAAAAAAUAUUGAUAAAUUGUUACCACAAUUUCCCGGUCUUGUUAAAAUCUUGGAAUCGGAAAGCGCACUAGUUGAAGGAAUCGUUAUUUCAGAAAAUAUUUUCCGUAAAGCUGUUUCUUUAUUAUCACCCAUAACAACAACAACUAAUUUAUUCUAUUCAGCUGAUAAUAGCAAUAAUAAUAAUGUUGGCGGUGGUAAAAACUUUUUAUCUAUUAAUAAUAAUGCUUUAACAUCGUCACAAGGGCCUUCUGGUAUAAUUGCUGUACAUAGAGAUGGAACAGAAUUUGAUGUUGAUAUUCAAAUGCGUAUUCUAGAGUCACCAGAUCAACCAUUACAUGCUCUAUGGAUCACUUAUGAUCGUAAUGUCAACUUUGAAGAAGAUCCUUUUCCAUCUAAUUCUACUGCUGCUGCUGCCGAACCAUUUGAUCCUAAUAAUUAUUCAGCACUAACGCUUAAAAAAACAAUUGACGAUUUUGUAAUAACUGGGGUUUUGGGUAAAGGAGCUUAUGGUGAAGUCAAAUUAGCGUAUUAUAAAAAUGAUCCUGAAAUGAAAAAAGUUGUUCUUAAAUAUGUUUUUAAAUCUUGUAUAAUUGUUGAUUGUUGGAUACGUGAUAAAAUAUUGGGAACAGUUCCGUUAGAAAUACAUUUACUUCACACAUUAAAACUUAUUCCUCACCCUAACAUUGUACAAAUGGACGAUGAUAAUUAUUACAUUGAGAUGGGACUACAUGGAGUAGGAAUGGAUUUGUUUGGGUACAUAGAAUUGAAUCCUCAAAUGCCUGAAUCAGAAAUAAAGUUAAUAUUUCUUCAAGUGGCAAAAGCAAUUCAACAUUUGCAUCACAAUAAAAUUGUACAUCGUGAUAUUAAAGAUGAGAAUAUAAUACUUGACGAACAUAAUAACGUACAAAUAAUCGAUUUUGGAUCCGGUGCUUAUGUAAAAGAAGAUACAAAAUUUGACACUUUUUGUGGAACUAUUGAUUAUAUAUCUCCUGAGGUAUUUUCAGGUAAAAAAUAUGAUGGGCCACCACAAGAUAUUUGGGCUUUAGGGGUAUUAUUGUACACUCUGAUCUACAAAGAAAAUCCAUUCUACAACAUUGAUGAAGUGAUGGCAAGAGAUUUAAGGAUUCCGUUUAUACUAUCCGAAGGUUCAAUUGACCUUGUUAAGAAAAUGCUUGAAUAUGAUGUUGACAAACGGUUAAGAAUUGAUGAAUUUAACAAUAUGACUCACAUUUCUCAACCUGUAAUGAUUGAAGUUCCCGAGUCUUUUGAAAAAAUGGACGACAUUGAUCAUUUAAUGAUUAUGAUUGCUGAUAUGUUGGGAUGCGUAAUUAUUCAUAAUGACAGGAUUCGUUUAACACCGGCAGAUCUAACAAGAUUUCAUUCUAGAGCAUCACCUUCAAUCUCUGUGAUAGAUUAUUUACGUAGAAUAGUAAAGUACACUGCGACAGAAAAGGCAUGUCUUCUAAUACUACUAAUAUACAUUGACAGAGUUGGUGGGAUAUCUACACAAGAGUUGAACACUUUGGAAUUUGAGUUUUUGAAAUUGAUUGAUUGGCAUUUGAUAUGUACUGGUGAUGAUUUACAACAGUAUUAUGUCAAUUUGGGGUAG